AUGACAGUUGCAGUGGAACAUGAAGUGCUGCAAAAUAAACAAGAAAAAAAACUGAAUCAACUCUAUCUGGAAGCUGCACAAAGAGAAAUAAAUCAAUUUAGAGAACAAACACAAUUGUUACAAUUAGAUCGAAUCUUACAAUUAGAAAAGGAACAAGAAGAUCCAAGAAUUAGAACAGGAUUAAGACAACUAAAACAACGAUUAGAGAACCUAGUAAAAGAUCUAGAAGAAGAAUAUAGAUAUGCAACUAACCAAGUACUAAACUUGGACAGAAAAGAUUUUGAAGCAAUGCAAGAAUAUGAACAACGAAUCUUAAUGGAAAGAUUCACCAGACAAAUAAAACAAUGUAAAAGUGAACUAUUACGAGAACAAUACCAAGCAAAAUAUAGAGAACUAUUGGGAGUAUCUCUAGAAAACUUAGAUAAAAUACAUGACGUAGAAGACGAAGAAGAAUGA